ACGCCAUAUUACGCGCACAUGCGCAGAACGACAGGUGGUCGGCGACUCGAACCAGCCGUCCCCCGACCGAACCUAUCGACUUCUCUGCUCAUCAUCAGCCGCUUUCGUGCUCAAGCAAGAACGAUGUGCAGUUUGCUUUGUGUUGAGUGCUCGUGGUGACAUGGCGUCCUUUUUGUAAUUCAAAGAGAAGGUGUUAUUUAGUGCAGUUUAUUUGUUUAUUUACAAUGAGUGUGAAUUAUGAUCGUGUUUGUAGACUGUGCUUGUCAUCUCGAGGCGAAUUACAGCCGAUUUUUCCUACCACCAGUUCGGAUGAGGCGGAACCUUCCGUCCUCGCAUCAAAAAUCAAGGAUUGCGUGUCUGUUCAGAUAACCGAGAAUGACGAGUUGCCAACGUGUGUCUGCAGGAAAUGCAUGGACAAUGUGAAUAACUGGCACAUUUUUAAGAAAGUAUGUGAAAGGACACAAAACAAGCUACAAUCAUUGGCUAAAAAAGAUGGCAACCAACUAGAAGAGGUUAAAAUUAAAAGUGAACCCCUCUCUGAUGAAGCAUAUGAUGAUGGAGUGGUUAUUGAUGGAUCAUACCCUGAUGCUGAACAGAAUGCCAGCUCCUCAGCAAAAGUGCAGCCAGAGGGGCCACCAAUCUUGGCUUCAUUGGGUCUCACGCCGAGGAGUGAUAAGGGAGUGGAGAGCGAGAAAGAAGAGGACGAGGAAUAUGAAGAGGAAGUGACGGAGGCCCCUCAGCUGCCGAAGGUCCCCAACAUGCCCGAGGUGUCCAUCACGGUGAUGCGGCCCACGGGAGAGACCCUGCACUCGCGGCAGGGCAUCCAGCAGCUGGCGUCCAAGAACUGCCUGGUCUGUGACCGCGCCUACAGGUAUUCACACAACGCGCGCCGCCACGAGCUCACGUCGCACGGCUUCGACCGCUACACCAACAAGACCACGCAGGUCAAACGCAACUCGCAGUCCCAUAUGCAGCCUAAGUUAAGGCCCAAUCCGUUCAACCCGAAAGCGAGACUCAUGCCUAAUCCUAUCAGCCACAAAAUGCAAUUGUUACCCAAGUCGAUGCCUGGCAAAAUGGUGCCACACAAAGUUUUCCCCAAGCCGGUACCUGUCAAGACUAUGCCGCAGAGAAAUGCACAGAACAACUUGCCGUACCCGCUCCGUAUUAAGGCGCUGAAAGAUUUACAGAUCAAGAAAAAGGAACCACAAAUACUGAAAACUUUAUUGACGACUAAACCUGAGGUUCUGGUGUCGGAGCCGGAAAUUCUAAAUUCUGGGCCUGAAAGUCCUGAAACUUUAAUUUCUGAGCCGGAAAUUGCGUCAUUCCAAGUGGAAGCCAUACUUACAGAGCCAGAUGCAUACGAUCAUCAACCAGGUGAAGAUGAAAUGGAUGGUGAAGCUCAAGGAAACCACCAAGGUGCGUAUGACACUGUCGAUAUGGAGUCUGACCAUGAGAUAGAAAUAGCCAGACAGCAAGAAAAUGAAAUGGAAAAUGACCAAAAUGACGACCAAUACGGUGAUGAGAGAAGUGACAAUGGACAAAACGCGGAAGAAAAUCACACUGAGGAAAACCAUCACGACAAUAAUGAAGAUGGUGAAGAAGAAAAUGAAGAGGGUGAGAUGGACCAGUCUGGUGAGAUGAGACACGACGAAGAAGGAAAAGACGGGGAAGACGGUAAUGAAAAUGAUGAUUAUCAAGAUGCCAAUCAUGAAGAAAAUGAUGAAGACAUGGAUGACGAGGAGGAAAUGGCUUUCGCUCCAGUUGUAGAAAUUAACGAGGAUAUGCAAAACAAUUCACUGGACAAUAGCGAGAUGAAUGACGGAAAUGAGGACGAUGAUAACAUUGACGAUGAGCUCGAUGAAUCAGGCGACGUCAACGACACAGUCGACGGCGUCGAGGCCAAGGAGCUAGACCCCGACAAGCUCUACGUCACGAAGACGCAAAGAGAGUUCAUACUCAAAUACCGCGACGUGAUUCAGCAAAUUAACACCAAGCGUUGCCUGUGCUGCGACCGAGAGUACCCGCGGAGGAAGGCCGUGAUCCAGCACCUGCAGAAGAACGGGCAGAAGGUGCCCAAGCACACGUGCUACAACUGCGUGGUGACGUUCAGCCACAUCGGCGCGCUGCUGAGCCACAUGCGCGCCGACUGCUGCACCAACCUGUGGCGCGUCAUCUACGAGGAGAACGGCAUCACCGACGACAUGGUCAUCGAGAACGAGCCCAAGGAGGACAAGGUCCAGUACAAGGACAUCUUCAACGCGCGCUCGUACGCCUGCAAGCUGUGCCCCGCCAAGUUCCAGCUGAAGCAGUUCAUCAUGAAGCACGUGCUGGACGUGCACGAGGGCGGCCAGUCGCGCGUGGCCAUGCAGUGCGUGCACUGCAGCUCGCGCUUCAAGGACCGCGCGCUCUGGAAGAAGCACAUCCGCAACGGCGAGUGCACGGUGUACAUCUCGUGCGACCUCUGCGCCGAGAAGUUCGGCAACAUGCAGGACUUCAACACGCACGCGCUCGCGGCGCACGCCGGCUCCUUCGACCCCGACUCGCAGACCAAGUGCGUGGACGGCCGCCCCACCGACUGCCCCAUCUGCGAGAAGAAGAACGCCUCCUACCCCAACCUCAUCAAGCACCUCAAGGUGUUCCACAACGAGGACCGCCCGCACUACUGCCAGAACUGCGACGAGAAGUUCGAGAAGACCGAGGACCUCAACAAGCACAUCUACCUGCAGCACUCGGACGAGGCCAUGGGGCUGGUGAAGCGCGAGGUGGACCUGUCGCUCGUGAAGGAGGAGGCCGAGGAGUACCACUACUCGUGCACCGAGUGCGAGGCCAUCUUCGAGACCGUGGACGCGUGGACCGACCACCAGGUGGCGGCGCACGGGCAGGUGGCGCACCACUGCGACCAGUGCGAGCGCAAGUUCCUGCGGCCCAGCGAGCUGGCGGAGCACAAGCACACGCACCUGCGGCCGCGCCUGCCCCCCGCGCCCGCGCCGCGCCCCGCCGCCGACCUCGAGUUCUACUGCGAGCUCUGCGUGCGCUCCUUCAAGAGCCGCCAGGCCUACUCCAACCACAUGCGCAUCCACGCCAAGGUGCCCACCACCAACCGGCGCACGGACCAGCCCGCGCCGCCGCCCCCCCGCGCCCAGCACUUCCCCGUGGUGCAGCCCGCCGCGCUUCAGUUCAAGACCGACCUCGUCGUGCCCAACGCGCCCUACUCGUGCGACAUCUGCGGCAAGGGCUUCAUGCACAAGAAGAACAUCUGGAAGCACAAGAAAGUGCUGCACGCGGAGCUGGUGGGCGGCUCGCGGCCCGGCAGCGCGGACCCCGCGCCCGCCUCCACCGAGGAGGACGACGCCGCGGCGGACGAACACUCGCUCUCCACGCCGCAGUUCGACAGCUUCAACUUCGCCGACUACAACAACGCGUCGCCCAAGACGGACAAGAAGCCCAAGACGCCGCCGCAGCCGGGCAGCUACUCGUGCGACCUCUGCUACAAGAAGUUCCCGCUGCGCACCAGCCUGUGGAAGCACAAGCGCGCCAAGCACGGCAUCAUCAACGCGAGUCACCUGGGCACGGGCGGCGACCGGCCCGCGCCCGCGCCCGCGCCCGCCCCCGAGGCUGGCGGCCGCUCCAGCUGCACCAUCUGCAAGAUAUCCUUCGCCGACAAGAAGUCCUACUACCGGCACCGGAAAAAUGUUCACAAGUCGACGUCGCAGGUGUGCAAGCUGUGCGGCAUCCCGCUGGGCUCCACGCUGGAGCUGUACGACCACCUGCGCAGCGCGCACGCGCGCGAGCUGCUCGGGUUCAACGCGAGCGGCGCGCGCGGGCUGCCGGGCGCGGCGGGGGCGGCGGGGGGAGCGGGGGGCGCGGGCGGCGCGGGGGCGGGGCUGGACGUGGAGUGCGAGGAGGGCGAGGAGGGCGCGGAGUACCAGGCGCGCUACCCGUGCGAGCUGUGCGGGAAGCAGUUCGUGGGGCUGCUGGCGCUGCAGAACCACCAGUGCGCGGGGCAGGCGGCCGGCGCGCAGCCCUCCACCUUCGACUGCGAGAUCUGCCACAAGAGCUACACGUCCAUCGCGGCGCUCAAGUCGCACCGCGGCUGGCACCUGCGCUCGCCCGACGGCAAGGCGGCCGCCAACAACAGCGGGCUGUGGAUGCCGCAGCACAAGGUCACCAACAAGGUGAGCAAGCACGAGGUGACCGCGCCCGCCGCCGCCGCCAAGCGCCGCCUGCCGCCCGAGGUGGAGGUCACCGUCGUCAACCCGAACAAGAAGAUGCGCUCCGACGACUCGCUCGAGAUGGACCAGAGCAGCGCGUCGGGCGGCCCCGACGACCGCUACUGCACCAUCUGCGACAAGGAGUUCACGAAGCGCGCCGCCUACCAGCGCCACAUGGACGAGGUGCACCAGCCCAACUCCGUGUUCUGCCCCGUGUGCGACCGCAGCUUCACGCGCAAGUCCACGCUGCUGGUGCACAUGCGCAAGCACUACGGCGAGGAGGGCGGCGCGGGGGCGGGCGAGGGGGGCGGGGAGGAGUCAGCCGAGUCGGAGGAGGAGCCGGCCGCGCCGCCGGGCGAGUUCACGUGCGGGCAGUGCGGCGACGGCGUGGCCAGCCCGCGCGACCUCAUCGCGCACCGCGCCAUGCACGCCACGCCCAGCCAGCACUUCUGCGGAGUCUGCAAGGUGUACUUCUCCCGCGGCCCGGAGCUCGCCACACACACGAGGGCACGACACGGCGGCGGCGAGGGAGAGAAGGUGUUCUUCCCGUGCGCCAUGUGCGACCGCUUCUACAUGAACAAGAAGAGUCUGCAGAGACACAUCGAGAUGGCUCACUGAUCCUAGCUCCGAGCGGGCUCGAGGGGUAACGAGGCUGCCAGUUCAUAUGCAUGACCUCCUUACUUCUCGACCUGAGUGACACUAUUUGACUGUGUCAGUUGUAUAUAAAUUCUUAACUUUGUACAUAAGGAACGUGUGGCAUUCUCGGCGAGAGAUUUAGGUUCUACAUGCUGUCAAUUCUGGCACAUUUAUUUGUUUUAAUUAGGGUUUAAAUGAGUUGUUUUAUAUCAUAUUUCUCUCGGUACUGUCUUUGCUCACAAUGUCCGGUAUGGCAUUAUAAUAUUAUACGAUAUUGUGAUUGUGAAGACUGUGGAUACAUAAAUUAAUGAAUUAGUUUUCUGCAUAGUUUGUACUUACAUUCGUACUUCAUCGAUAUGUUUCUCAUUCUAUAAUACAUAAUUGGAAUCAUGGGCCAAAAAAUUUGAAAUAGUCAAUAUUAGUCGUAACCAGCGAGCGUUAAUAAUCCUUACGUAAGUAAUACCUAUACUUACACAAUUUUUCUCUACUACUGUAAGCUUAUUUUAUAGAAUAUUAUGAUACUUGAAAAGUUUGUUUUUAAUUUUAAAAUGUUUGAAUAAGUUUAAAUGUAAAUAAAUCUAGCAUAUUAUUAUUAUAAUAAUUCUAUUAGAAUUUUGUAAAAGUUGACUUUUAUCGAAAUACAGAGAGGAUUCUUCUACUUUACGUUUUAUUAAAUGUACUGAUUAUUUUUAGUAUAACAUUCUGUAUAUUUAUAAAAACUGUAAACACCGCUAGUGAUGCCCCUCAUCUAUGGGAGUAUAUUUUAAUGUAUCAUGUAGGUAUACAAUUGGCCUAAGGUUUUGAUAAUUAAUUAAGUACGUAAGAAUAAUUAUGUCUAUUUGAAACGUUCCUCAGAAGCCUUGUACAAUAAAUAAUGUAAGAACAAGUUUGGUGCCAAAAAAAUAAUACAUAAUGAUUUAUGGGAUGUGUAAAAAGCAAUCUGUAGUAUACAUAAUUUCGUUUAAACUGAAUUUAAAAAUUCUGGAUCAUUCUAUUUAUAGACAUAACUAAUUGUAUGAAGCAAUAUUACAACUAUUUUAUUGCAUGAACAUAACACUUGGAAAUGAAGUAACUUAAGAGAUUUAUAAUUUUACAUCUUUUUAAAUUAUUGUGUAUAAAUCAGUAAAAAUAACGAAAACUACAUAAAAAAAACUGUCAGUAAAAAUUAUAGAUAUCAUGUUUCACAGUUUAAAGAUUAUUGGCACGCUUAUCAUCUUUGAGAGGGUUCGCAAUUGCCAUUUAUAGCCGUGGACAUUUGCUGUUAGUGAAUAAUAUAUAGGACCCUUUCCGAGUUAAUAGGUGUGCUAUAAGGUAUAGUGCACGGUACUAUAAGUUUUUCAGACAUUAUGUUAUCCAGCUUUCUGUAUAGCUACAAAUAGUAUAACAUUUAUGUUGCGAUAACUUAAGUAUGACUGUAUCAAACUGAAACAACGAAAUCAGAAUCAUCUUAUGUAAUUGUAGUAUUUGCUUGACCAAUGUUGGUUCCACUCAUGUACUAGAAACCUACACUACAUAGUUACUUAAUCUUAUUUUCUUUGAUCGUAACUCGAACAUACAAAUCAUAAUUUUAUUUAUAAAUUUACGUAUCACUUUAAAUCAUAGUCAAUUUAUCUGUAUACAUAAGUCUUACAUUUAAAUUAAUAAUUUCCAUAGAUGAGGAUUACUUUUGUCAUCUUUGUGGUUUGAUGAUUAAAUAAAGUGACUUAAUGAUUGCAAA